CAGACGAAGAAGUCUACCGUCCUGGUUUCCGGUAGUAGUAGACGCGCGGGCGAAGUUAUAGUGCAGAAGUCCUUAAUUUAGUUAUUGUGCAUCUUCAGAGUUUAUACGGUCUUGUAAUUCCGUGUGAGAUACGCCUGUAUUUUCCGUGGACUUUUUUUUUGUAAACACGCCAAGUCUUUCAAAUCUAUUUCGUCUGUUUUGAGGAAGGCAGGCUAACCACCACCAUGAGUUACGGAAGGCCUCCGCCAGACGUCGACGGCAUGACUUCCCUCAAAGUGGACAAUUUAACGUACCGAACCUCGCCUGAGACACUCAGGCGCGUUUUCGAGAAGUACGGCCGCGUGGGGGACGUCUACAUCCCCCGGGACCGCUACACGAAGGAGAGUCGCGGGUUCGCGUUUGUUCGGUUCCACGACAAACGGGACGCGGAGGAUGCGAUGGACGACAUGGACGGCGCGCUGCUGGAUGGUCGGGAGUUGCGUGUUCAGAUGGCCCGGUACGGGAGACCCCCUGAUUCUCAUUCUGGCGGGGGACGGAGAGGUGGCCCGACCCGGAGACACGGCGGAUAUGGACGCCGUAGCAGAAGCUCUUCCCGCAGCCCGAGACAGAGGCGACGCAGCCGAUCCCGCAGCAGGAGUCGCUCUCGCUCCCGAAGCCGAUCCCGCUACAGCAGGUCCAGGUCCCGGUCCUACUCCCGGUCCAAGUCCCACUCCCCCAAGACCAAGAAGCCCAAGGCACAGUCCCGCUCCAGAUCUAGAUCCAAGUCCCGGUCCAAGUCCAGGUCCAGAAGCCGCACCCCGUCCUCCAAAAGAGGGUCCAGGUCUAGAUCCAAGAGCCAGCCCAAGACGACGAUGGCGGCGGCGGAAGCGGCGGCGGAAGCAGCAGAAAACGGAGGCGAUUCUUCGUAGAGAUCAGCACAUCAGUAUCAGCUGCUUCGUCCAGUUUGCUAAAGUGGAGUUUGAGCUGAGGCAGAUUGAGCAGGUAGAAGGUGUUUGCUGAGCCGCCUGCAGCUGGUGAGGGUUUCUGUGCGGCGGCGGCGGCGGCAGCAGCAGGGUGGAGGCAGUCAGUGUUGGGGUUUGGUGUCGAGGUACGUCUGCCUGUCCGCCGUCGGACAUAAGUUGUCCUCCGUGGGUCGCGUCCCAAGCCACAGUUUGGGGGACGCGGGCGCUUGAGGGGACCUGAGGUUUGAUCGGCUUCCGCUUCCGUGUCAAUCCCUCCGGCAUGCAAAUGAAUGAACGCAGUGUUUGCGUUAUUCAGACCGUCUACUCGAAAACCCGUAAACAAACCCGUGGUUUCAGAAGGCUCCUAUUUGAUUGCAGCCAAAAGGUAAAAUUAGGAUUUAAAUGGUGAGUCAAAGUAUGUGACGGUUUGAUUUUGAGUAUUAGGAUGCAGUAUAAUAAUUACAUAUGUUAAUAUAUCAACUUUAAAUUAUUGUUCUGGUUUUAUUUAGCAUUUCCAUUUAAGAGUUCUGCAAACACAUGUGGUGAACGGUCCACUUAACCUAACGUGUGUUUGUUUUGAUGCUUUCAGUUGAAGACGACACAGCUCCCAGACUGGAUCCCAAACACGCAACGUUGUCCAGCUGUAAAAGGUUGUUAUUGUGUCUUCCGUGCUUUUGUCAGUUUUACUCAUUUGGCCACAGAAAGGCUGUUUAAUUUCACACACAUUCAUAUGCUGUGAUUUGUAUUUCCUUUUCUUCUUUUUCUUUGUUUUUUUUUUUUUGUUUUUUUUUUUUAUAUAUAUACACCAGUUUUUGAUUUUAGAAGUCUGUGUAUAAUGUCUAUUUGGAUCUGGUUUCAAAAGAAAUGAGCGUGUUCCUCUUCUCCCAGUCGCCUCUUUCCUUUCACUUCCUCUCCCCGCAGCCCGUUUCGUGAGAGCUCGGGUUAGCCUGGCUUUCUCUGGAUCGGAAUAACUUGUCAAAGCUAUUCCGAUCCAGUCACAUGCGACAUGUACUUAAUCAGGAAACUCAAUUAUUGCAGUGCCAGAAAGGAGGGAGAAAAGCAUGAAUAUAGGGCGUGUUGACAAGUGUUGGUAGGCAGCUUCGUGCGUAUUACCGUGGAGACGGAGGUAAGGCCAGAAUUAACCAGCUGACGCUAACCACACCUUUCAUGUCAACACAACUAGGAUAAAUCUGGUUAUUUCAGCCCUCUGUGUUUUACAUGAAUGUGAAUCUUUUCACUCUCAACCUCUGUUGUAGAGAUUCAGGGAAACAUUGAGUCACACAGAACGAAGUAAAUCAGGGCAGAAAGCUCAAACUCUGCAGCUUUAUCAAAACCAUUUUUUUUUUUUUUUUUUUUGUAAUAACAGGAACGUUUGUUUUUCAGUUUUACUAACUGCAUUAGUGAAACAGACUUUCUGUCUGACGGUUAGGCUGCAUAUUUCUCCCCACACACACGGGUUCCUCCACAUUCAUGGAAGAUACACCUGGUUGAAAUAAUCCAGGAUGAUGCUUUCAAAAUAUCCCUCUUUUUCUUUUUUUUUUCUUCUUCUUUAAAAUCUGUAUGUAAAAGAGUGUCAAACACGUUCAAUGAGAAGAAAUGAUUUUACAUAAUUCCUUCUUGUAUCUCAUUAAAAUUCAGAAAUUCAUCAAAGACUCGUAUCUUUAUCUUCUUUAGUUGCUGCAAAUCUGUGUUUUUUUUUUUUCUGAACUCUGUAUUAAAUAUACAUUUUUGAUGCUAAUCCUGCUUGUAUGUUUUGUUUUUUUUUGUACUCGGUGCAGUUGUGCAGCAGUUGAGUUUUGCUGGUUAGCUGUUAUGGUGGCGUGUUGCUCUGCUGAGUGCUUGGAUGUAUCCAGUAUUCUCCAGACAGCUCCUGUGACUACAGUGGUACGGUUGCUACAGUCUCACUCUUGAUACAAUGAAAUGCUUUUUUUUUCUGCCCCCCCUCCUCUGCAGCCCGAUGUGACUUUCAUUAAAGAGUUGCUGUUUUGUCUAUGACAGCCUGUUCUCUCA